GCGCGCCAGUUCGACUCGAGCCGUCGCUCAGCGCGCAUCUCUCGACUCCGCUCCGCAUAUCUCCCGCCUCGUACGUUUCCGUACACACACGCUGUAGCUAAAUUACCGUAUACUCCCCUAUUUCGCAUUGAAAUAAACAAUCGCAGCCAGGUAGUUCGCGCUCGCGGCAGUGAUUCGCGUAGACGUGCCGAUGGAUAGCGAGGAAUAAGGAUUUCGCAGGCUUACGAUCGUACGUAUAAACAGAGUUUGGCAUGUGCGCGUCGUGAGGGAAAGAGAAAGAGAGAGAUAAUCAGCAGUGACACUCGGGGGUGCAUGUAGCUGAGAGGCUGGAGGCUUUCGUGAGGAGGGCUGCGGCGAGGAGAGGUCAGUUCGGGACCCUGGACCACGUACGCACAGCCGUCAACCUGGAGCCCACGUGCCAGAAGCGGCGAAAAUGUGAGGCCGACGGGAAGGACGCGAAAGCAGAGCUGACGGCGCAACGCAAUAUGUUCCCCAGCGCUCAAAUUAAAAUGAGAUUGAUGUCGCCAAGCAGCUCGCCGGCCACGUCACCCACGAUGUCGAACUCGUCGUCGCCGACGCCACCGACACCGGCCGCCUCAGCUUACAACCAGAAGAUGACCGGUAUACCCUGCGUCGCUGCAGCAUCGAGGUACACCGCACCGGUUCACAUCGACGUCGGCGGUACCAUCUACACGUCGUCCCUCGAAACACUGACCAAAUACCCUGAUUCCAGGCUGGCAAAGCUGUUCAACGGCAGCAUUCCGAUUGUUUUGGAUUCGCUGAAACAACACUACUUUAUCGACAGGGAUGGAGGGAUGUUCAGACACAUAUUGAACUUUAUGCGAAACUCGCGAUUACUCAUACCCGAAAACUUCGCUGAUCUCGAUUUACUUCUCGAAGAAGCCCGGUACUUCGAUAUCGCUCCGAUGAUUCGACAACUCGAGCAAAUGAAGAAAGAGCGCAUCAAAAACGGCGGCGCGCCCUCCUCGAGCACACCGAGCCCAACUCCAGACCAGAGUAACCUACAUCGUAAUAUGAGCGCGAGUAGUGGUUCCAACAACGUCGGCGGUGGCUCCCACAUCCCGUCCACCCCCAGCGAUAGCAAACUGCGCACCACCUCCGAGAGCUACGAGUGCGUAGCGCUGCACGUGAGCCCAGACCUUGGCGAACGAGUGAUGCUAUCCGGCGGAAGAGCCCUACUCGACGAGGUUUUCCCAGAAACGACGCAAGCUGUGUUGGAAGCUCGUUCAGGGGUCGCCUGGCACCAGCAAGACGCCAGACACGUGAUCCGCUUCCCCCUAAACGGUUACUGCAAGCUCAACAGCGUCCAAGCUAUCACGAGGUUGCUGAACGCAGGUUUCAGGCUCGCAGCCAGCAACGGCGGUGGCGUCGAGGGCCAGCAGUUUUCCGAGUACCUGUUCGUCAGGCAAUCAGUGGUCAACAAUACCUGACGGGCGGAGUUGGGUAAUGCAGCCGGUCAACAGCAGCAGCACAGAAAGAUGAGUAGGGCGCUAAGAGCGCGACGCGACGAUGAGCUCGAGUGAGAAGCUUAAGUAUAGGGAUAGGGUUUUCGACGCGUCUCAUUUCGCAAGUAUGGAGAACGAGAAUGAUACGAUGUAUACGGUUUAAGGGGAUGUGAAAAGGGUCGUGAGAGUACCUUCCUUAUCGACACGAUUAUUUCAGUUUAGAAAUGAGGCUUGAUGAAUACUUGGAAAGAGAAACUUUUUUAUAAAAUUGACUGAUGCGGUUAUGUUGAUAGUUCGUUGAGGAAAAAAAUGAAAGUUCCUUGUACAAAUGCAAAAAGCAUAAAAAUAUUAUUUUACUAAAAAAUCUUGCUUCUGAUAAGACAGGAAUCGAUUAAUACUUUGCAUCUCCUUAACAAUGAUUAUAAUAUCUAGUAGGAAAUUUUUCGCUUUUAAAGAGACGCUUUAAUAUUCAAUUACGUUGCUGUGCCCAUUUGCAUACUUUAUCUCACGCACCUAGUUUACAAACUUGCAAAAUUUGCUUUGUUUUUAAUAGUGUUUUUAAAGAGUUUGCAUAUAGAUAUUUCCGUGCUAACAAAAUAAAUGUACAAACUUAUUUAUAAAAAUAAUUUUUAAAAAAGUCCAAUCUAAAAUAUAACGAAAGUAUGCAUUAUAAACACUACAGUUCUUACACGAAUCUAUUUUUCAACAGCACAUGAAUUUCCAUUAUUUAAUAAUGUAAAGGUUAAUUUUACGCGUCGAACGCGAUUAAGUGUGAAAAGGGGAGCGAAAUUGUAAUAUAUGGAUUGACUUUCGAGUCGACUAACUUUGAUUCGAUUGCGAAUGCGCUGGAACUCGGGCGAUAUAUAUAUAUAUGUGUGUGUGUGUGUGUGUGUGUGUGUGUGUGUGAAUAAAAAUAUAAUAUGAUAUGCGAGUUCAGUCGGCAUUUCUCUUUCCACCUUGAACCAGUGUACGCAGUGCUGCAGAAAUUAUUUAUUUUUUCUACUCCAUAUUUUAUUAAUAUUAUUCUUUUAUUUUUAAAGUAUUAAAUUUUAUACUUUGACGAAAAGCACGCGCUAUCAAUCAUCGAAUAAUAUUUCGUUGAACAUGCAAAUUUCGAUAUUUUACAAGUGCGUUUUUUGUUCAUCGUGUCUUGCAAUUUUGACUUUGUACCUACCUAUAUCCCAAAAGAAAAUCUGUAUUUUCUAUUGUAAUAUAUAAUAUAUGUAUAUGAGGCUUGAAAAAUUGUAAAACGCUUUUUAUGCAAACAAUGCUAAUUUAAGAAUUCUAUUGACCGAAUGUACGUUCUAAACGUCAUUAUAUUAUUGUUUGAAAAUGAAAAUCUACAAAAAAAUAAAGUAUAAAGCUUUCAAUUAAAUAUAUCACAAGCCUCGUGACUCAAGCUUGUAUAUUAUCUGUGUAUCAAAUUACUGAACGCGAUGUUUGUAAAUAUACACUAUCAUUUUGCAUGUAUUGCAAAUGCUAAAAAGUACGAGUAAUAUAUGCGUGAAGCGUUACGAAAAAAAGUAAAUUAAACAACGAAAACAAGUCGGUUUUAUCAUCGACGUAUAUGAAAAAUUUUGAUCUCAUGAAGUCAGCUAAAUAUAUAAAAGUAUAAAGUGCAUAUGAACGAAAAGUAAUUUAUGAGAGAAGUAAGUGACAGGUGUUUUGAUGUUAAUAUACCGACCAUAACUGGGGUCGUAAAAACGCUUUGCUUCGAUUGUGGUUUGCUAGACUUUAGGUGGCGAGGAAUAUAUAUAUAAAUAUUAUGAACAAAUGGAAAUGUCCGUACGACAUCCAAGAGAUGUAUCUAUUAUAAUAUUGAUCAAGAUUGACGAUAAUAAAAACGUUUAUUACUAUAACUAUA